UGGCAAUAUGUACUGAUGAUUUAAACUGCACCACUUGUUUGUGCCAAAAUGGAGGGAAUCUGCGCUCUGUUGGUGGUUUUGUUUGUACCUGCCGCUGUUUCAGCAGAUUCCCACUCUUUGGCUGUGGCUAUAACUUUCAUUAAAGGAGAGACGCCGUUUCCAGAGUUUAGUUGCACCUUGAUGUUGGAUGACAUCACAGUUGGAUACUUCGAUUCUGAGAUGAACGCCCUUGUUGCCCGAGGUCUUGAUAAAGAUCAGGAAGAUGAUCGUGUGUUCGACUCAGAUUAUGUCAAGGGCAUAAGUUCCUUCUUGAUUGCUGACCUUAAACGCAGAUAUUUUUACAUAAAAUAUGAGUUAAAUUUUACUGAAAUCAUUGAUGUUCAACAGAGGCUGGUGGUGUGUGAACUGUCGGACAAUGACCAGCCUGGAUCACUCAUAAUCAAGAAUGCAAUCGGAGGCAUCACGGAAGAUGACCAGCGUUUUUAUGAAUACAGAUUUGCUAAUCAAAAUGGUUUAAAUGCCACAGCAGAAAGACCAGAACCACGUUUGUUUUUAAGCCAGUGUAUUGAAAAUGAUUACUACCUAGUGUGCAUAGAUGCACUCAGACGUUACCUAACAAAGAGAAGCAGUCAAGUGAAGAGGAAAGUGAAGCCCAGAGUGAGGCUCAUCCAGAGAAGACGCUCAGUGUGUGGGUGGGAUGGGGUGACCUGCCUGGCCACUGGUUUCUACCCCCGUCAAAUCAACCUGACCAUGCUCAUAGACGGACAGCCAGUUCCUGACCACCUGAUCACUGGAGGAGACCUGCUGCCCAACGGAGACGAGACCUACCAGAUGAGGAAGAACCUGGAGUUCAGUGAAGAGGAGCUGAAGAAGCACAGCUACACUUGUACAGUCACCCACCUCAGCCUGGACAACAAGCUGGAUGUCCAUUUGGAUUUUGAUCCAGGGGAGCCCAUCGGGUCCAUUGUUGGCUCUGUGGUGGCUGCUCUGGUCUUGGUGUGUGUGAUGGUCAUUGUCACCUGGAUCAUAUGCAGGAGAAAGCGAAGAGCUUCAUCUCAGGGGGACUAUUCAUCAGCCUCUGGCCGACUAUUGGGCUCUCAUGCACAACCCCUGCACCUCACAAAUACCCUUGAUGAAGUGUUACAUGUGGCUCGUGACCUUCAGGUUCCAGCUCCCCUGUCUGCUCAAGUCUCCCUGCGGCCUCCAGUACAGCUUUCCCCAUCUCCCUCUGACGCUUCACUCCCUUCUGUCAAGCUAGCCCUUCCUGAUAAAUACGACAGGUCCCCUGGUCUGU